GUGAUGAUGGCAGGGAGAGGUCCUCGGGCUGUGCUGCUGUUCGUCUUGUUCCUCGCCGGGGCGGCCGCGCGGAUCCACCACCUCACCCUCCGGGAUGACACCAGAUCGAAAGUUCAUUUGAACACCUUUGGCUUCAACACCAAUGGGACUUUGGAGGUCAACCUCACGAAUCUUCGAUUAAAGACAGCUCUUGACUUGAGGAAGAUCAUAAUGGGGUUUAGCCUUUCAAAAACGAAGACUGAUGGUGUGGCUGCGUAUACAGUAGAUGAGUCUGAUGCGUGUUUGCUCGAGAAAUACAACAGUUCUUCCGGGGAUUCCCUCACCCUCUUCAAAUUUGAUCUAACACAGAAAAAAGUUUUCAUGAAGAAACAAGGUGGACAGAAAAAGCUGUGGAUAGUGGGACCGGAUUAUCAACAGAACUCUGAAACGAAAAAUGCACCGGCUGCGAAGAAAGAUGAUAAACAGGCAAAGAGCCAGGAGUCAAAAGGAACAGACCAAAAAGACAAGAAUGGUUCAAAGACGAGACGGAAAAGAGAAACCGAUCAAAGCAAGGCCAAAGAAGCGUCAAAAGGAAAAGUGCAGCCGGUUAAAGAGAGCAAAGCUGAAAAGAACGAGGAAGUUUUUGAACUGCUCUACGUAAAUGCAAGCUACACCUUCAAUUUCUUCGUGAAGGUUCUAAGCCCAGCAGAGGAAGGUCUUUAUACACUCAGCUUCCACAACUGUCAUAAGAUCCCUUCAGAGAAAAAACACGCUGUUGCAUUUGACAUGACAAUUGACAUAACGGCGAGGAAUCCGAGGACCUACCUUUCAGCUGGCGAGUUCCCCCUGCCUCUGCUGUAUCUAGUGAUGUCUGGGUUUUUCUUUGUGGCAGCCUUAUUCUGGGUUUCCCUGCUCCUAAAACACAGGAGCAGUGUGUUUAAAAUCCAUUGGUUGAUGGCUGCAUUGGCGUUCACCAAAUCCAUCUCCAUACUGUUCCACGCUAUAAACUACUAUUUCAUUGCUGUUAAAGGAUCAGCGAUUGAAGGUUGGGCUGUCAUGUACUACAUUACUCAUCUGUUGAAGGGUGCCUUGCUGUUUAUUACUUUGGCUUUGAUCGGCACAGGAUGGGCUUUUAUAAAAUAUAUCCUGUCAGAUAAAGACAAAAAGAUCUUUAUGAUCGUGAUUCCUCUUCAGGUGUUAGCAAAUACAGCCUUUAUCAUCAUUGAAUCGACUGAAGAGGGGACGAGUGAGUACGCUUUGUGGAAGGAGAUUCUGUUCCUAGUGGAUCUUAUUUGCUGUGGAGCGAUUCUGUUUCCUGUUGUUUGGUCAAUUAGGCACUUGCAAGAGGCUUCAAGCACAGAUGGUAAGGCUGCAAUGAAUCUGGCCAAAUUGAAACUCUUCAGGCACUUUUAUGUCAUGAUUGUUUGUUAUAUAUAUUUCACCAGAAUCAUUGCUAUUCUUCUUAAAUUCACUGUCCCGUUUCAGUGGCAGUGGAUGUACAACUUUCUAGUAGAGGCGUCAACACUGGUGUUCUUUGUGCUGACUGGGUACAAGUUUCGGCCAGCCUCCAACAACCCCUACUUACAGCUCCCUCAGGAUGAGGAGGAUGUCACGAUGGAUGAAGUAGUGACUGAGUCGGGUUUGCUGGCAAGUGUGACCAGAGUGAAGAAAAGCAACUUUGAACGGGAGCAAAUCCGGGAUUCCUCAGUAUGAACACUUGCAAUUUAGGAUUGACAAUUACCAAGGAAAAGAGGCCCACUCGGAUCUCCACACGGACAUUGGGAGAAGGAACGAACGCAGGAAUUCCAAACGGAUAAAAUGGAUUGGCAACCAAUUGGAAAUUCCUGUUAUAAAACUGUUAGGCAAAGCCAUCUGACUGACUGAUCUGUAUAUAUGUCAUACACAAAGGUAUAUCUUUAUAUAACAUGGCAAACUGGAGUAUAUCUGCCUGAAUCUUUAAAACCGAAUUCUUGGUUUUGGUGGAAAGCAGUUUUUUGACUCUGAUUAGGCAGAUUCUUGGGGAACUAGUUUUCCCUUUUAAAUUGUGGUUUGCUUUCCCAUGCGACUGUCCUCCUGCUCCAAUUACCUUGUAAAUAUGAACUGCUUGUGUGCCCACUCUACCUACAGUCAGUUUGCAGAUACACACAAUAUGCAGUGGUAUAAUCUUCCCCCAUGGCCUGUCCAGUCAGUCCUGUCCCCUUUUUCCAAGAGCAGAUAAUGUUACCAAGCGCUCUCGACUGGUUCAGAAGAACUGUGAACUGUGGCUUGUUGGUCUCCCAACCCAAAUCUGCGGGCACGAUUCCUGUGUGGAGAGCCUAUGUUCUACUGAAACACACCAUUGCCUCAUGUGAGAGUGCACGUGAUUUGUGACAACUCUCUGUGGCUGGGAGUAGGGAAGACAAGCCAGAACACAUCAACCAUUUUCCCUAUUACUCUAUUUUUGUUGGUAUUUUCCAUAAAAUGUAAGUCCUUUUUUGGGAAGAUGGUGUCUGUGCAAGAAUUUCAACUUUCCAAUGCAUUUGCUGGAGAAUGUAUGAAAAUCAGUUGGGUCGCUGCAAUGGAAUAGAACCUGUUUUUUUUUUGUGUUUUUGUGUGUGAAAUGCAGAUGAUUUUGGUUUGGCAGGGACAUUUUACUGAGCCCUUGGAUUGGUACGAAUUCUGCUUCAUUCCCGAUUUUUCCAGAGCGUGGUUUCAAGGUGGCCAGUUUUGUAGUGCGUUUACUUUUUCGAUAACUUCAGUGCUGUAUCGUGGAGAACUCCUGAUUUUGGGUUUCCUGCUUUAAAAGGUUUGAACCAACUUGAUGAGGAAAUAAUAAUAAUUUGUAUAAAAAUUGAUCUUUAUAAAAAAGAAAUUGUGGGUAUAGAGAGUUGUAUAAUUUUCUUACAAGCCUAUGUAUGAUAUAUAUUUAAAAAAGAGCUUUUAUGCUUUUGAAUUUGCAUUCCCAGUGCUCAAAUUAUGGGACUCUUGAAGAGUUAUUCAAAUCAGCUAUUUCAUUUUUGUACUUUCUUUCUCUAGUUUCAUUUUCUGUCUCUCCUCAUUCUGCCUGUCUUUGUUUGAAUGACACUGUCUCCCUCUCGAGCAUUAAAAAAAAAAUAGACAAUUCAGGACCAGUUUUGUUUUUACCUUUGCCCCCCCCCCACUCGUUCUAUGGUUAAUUGUUGGGCUCCUGUCCCACAGGCUGAGCUUUCAGAGUGGUCAGUCUUGUUCAAAACAAGAGAAUGACUGAGCAGUUUGUCUGACUGUGGGGUGGACAGUGUUGAAGAGAGGUCGUCACCAUCAAACUAGAUCCUGUUCUCAACAAAAUAACAUCCCAUGAGUGCCUUUUCCAGCAGUUUGGCCUGAUGGUUACUUGCUGGCUAUUGUCUAUGGCUAGCAUUGUUACACCUGUCUCAUACCCAUCUGGAACAGUGAUGACCCCGUGGUGCAAUUUACUUUAUAUAACAGCCAGUGCAGAAUUGUAGAGACAAUGUCAAAGCAAUAAUCAGUGGUGUGGUUAUCUGCAGUUUCUAAUCAGACAUGCUUGUACAUAUUUGCUGUUGAUCUUGGAAAAUAAUUAUUCUUUUCGAAGCCCAAAAUUGUGAGACACCAGCUGUAUAUUUAUUUCCUUCUUUAUAAAUAAGUUCAUGCUUUAAAAUGGUUCACUGUUGCUGCAACCAGUUUUUAAUUUUAAGCAAGAUUAAACUCUGCUCUAAAUCACCAGAUUAAGACCCUGUGUCGUUGCUGCAACACUGGAAAUUUCCAGAAGCCUGGAGUGAAGAAAUGCAUUUAAUGUUGUAUCAUGUUCCUUCAUGAGCCAGGGCAAGACUCUACUUUAUGGAUUGGUUUACAGUUUCAGAGACCUGAUUCAUCCAAUCCGUUGUAUCCUAUGGAAAGAAGUGAUGUCCACUUGUGUAACAGCCAGUGGAUUCAGAGACCUGGGAUCACUUCUGAUCAAGUUGGAAAAUCUACCCUCCCCUUGUCUGCCCAAAUAUACCUAAACAAUAGGCUUCACUUUCAGAGACACCUGUACCUGGCUUUCCAUAGCGUCAUACAGCAUAGAUACAGGCCCAUUGUAUCUAUGCUGACCAGCAAACACUCAACUACCCCAAUCCAUAGCUUGUUAUACUGUGGCAUUUUAAGUGCUGGUCUAGAAGCUGCUUAAUUUUUAAAAAAUAUUUAAUAAAUUUAUUUAAUUCCAACACCUGAACACCAGUUUAUUUUCUAGACUCUCGCCAGUUUUGAAAUGUACAAUUGUGUGAUCUUUUAAAAACACAAAUUUUGAUGUGGCAAUGGAUUUUCUUUGCUGUGUUAAGCAUCCUGCUUCUGUAAUUUAAUCCUCUU